CUGGGGGAGAACCGAGUCCAGGACUAAGCUGGGGCCAGAAAGGAGAGUUAAGAGAAAUAUGGAUUUUAAGGAGGGAUUGAGCAAGAGUACAAGCAACACUGCCAUAUGUGGGGCAAAAGCCCGGGCUGUCUGGUGAGGGUGACUGUACCGCUCUCCCCAGAGCUGUUUGGGUUUAACACCCUCAGUGCACUUCCAAAGCUCCAUAUGGGAGGACAGACCCAGAAAACAUGCCCACCAAAGCAAUGCUCAGAGAACUGGGCAAGUUCCAUCAGGCCAAGCAGGAGACAUGUGUGCGAGCAGCAGUGGGACUCCGACACGCAGCAGGCUCAGGGAAGCAGGAGAGUUUCCGGGUCGUGAAUGAAGACUCCAGCCAGCUGAUUUUCAUAGAUAAGGCAGACAAGGACAUUCAGGAGGACUGCUUCACAUUCAAUGGCAUCUUUAGUCUGGACACAGGGCAGGACGAGAUGUUUUUGGAGCUGGUGAGACCCCUGCUGGCCAUGGUGCCCCUUGGUUACAGCGUGUCCCUGCUGCUGUGGGAGGCCCAUUGCACUGGCACCAAGCCGCAGCCUCAGGGCACUGGGCAGCACCACAGCAUCAUCCAGCAGGUGAUAGAAACCGUCUUCCAGGAUCCCAAGCUCCCAGGGGAUGGCAGGGAGCAACUGCAAACUGUCAGCUUUGUCCAGCUUUGUGCAGACGGAAAUACCCGGGACCUCCUCAGCCCCAGAAAUCAAGCCCUGCACGUGCUGGACGUCCCCCCGCUGGGUCUGAUGGUGGAAGGAGCAAGUGAAAUUGUUGUGUCCAACUCUACAGCUGCCUACAGCUUCUAUGUGAGGGGGCUGGAGGACAUUCCAGCACCGUCCCAAGGGUGUUCGCAGAAGUCCCAGCUCGAGCAGGAUGCAGCCAUGUGCGCCAGCCUGUUCACCCUCACCAUGGAGCAGGAGCUGGAGGGCUGCAGGCGCCAACGCUCGGCUAUCAGGAUUUUGGAGUUCCCCCGAGGGGCCAGGCCCUGUGUGGAGCCUCUCUCACCCCUGCUCCAAGCUCUGGCUCCUGGUGAGCUCCCGGACGAUGCAGGAUUCCUCCUCUGGAUUCUCAAGUUGGUACUAGAAGGAAACAACUUCACGUUCCUGCUGCUGUGUUUGACCCUGCCAGAUGCCUCUGGAGGAGAGAUCCUGUCAGCCCUCUUGCUGGCUGAGCAGGUGAGGGGACUAGCCAAGAAGGUCUCACCAACCCACUGGGAUCCUGCCAAAGCAGCUUGGAGGCAGAGGGCAGAGAUCCGAGAGCUGAGGGCCCAGCUCCUCUCCAGCAGCAGCCGCACAGUGCAGAAGAGUGUGACCAGCCAGCUGAGGAGAGUGCUGAGGGACCUGCAGGUGCUGAAGAACCAGAGCUGGGAGAAAAAGAAAGAGAUGUCGGAGGCAUUUGAAGGAAGUGGGAGCCAUCAUCCUGAAACCAAGGGUCAAAUUCCAUUGUGGCCGGGCAGGGACGAUCAGCUUACAAACCAGGUGCUGACAGAUAUGCUGAGAAGCCAAGAGUUCCUGGACAGAGGCAACCCCAAGCCAGAUGGAGACAUACCAGAGUUUGUUCCCCUCUGUAAUGACAAAGGAGGCGAAGCUGCCACAAGUAGCUUCAGGUGGUUUGGCCGAAUCCCCCCGAGCAUGGGAGCCGUGACAGGGGAGAAGCCUUUGCAAAGUGGAGCCAGCAGAACACAGGAACCAACCGGCACUGCUAGUGUGACCAGCACGGUGGGGAGCUGGGCCUCUCAGCAGCACCCAGCCCUGGAGCUGCAGUUUGCAGUGGCCAAGGCCAGGAGGCAGCAUCUGCGGGAGCAGCACCAGCAGCUCAUCCAGCAAGAACAGCUGAAGCUGGAGGAGGAGCUAGCAGGGAACCAGGAGGGCCCCCAUCCCCUCUGCUGGGACAAAGGGACUCCCCACAGCCUGCCUGAAAGCUCUCGCUCCCAGCUCCCUCCUGCCCAGCGAGAUGCGUGGUGCUGGUCCAAGGAGAAGGCAGUGCUGGCCCUGCAGCUGGAAGCAUUGCAGAGGGAAUGGGCCGAGGCGGAGAAGGACCUGGAGGCACUGUACCAGCAGCACAGACUGGAAGCGGAGGCUCAGAAACAACAUGUGCUACAGGUCACCAGGGCUAAGCUGCCAUUCUCCAUGUGUCCGGUGUUUCGGGCCUAUCGGGGUCUCUCAGAGGAGCAGACUGAUGCACUGGAUCGACGGUACCGGAAGCUGUUGCAGGAGGCCCUCCAGGAUGCCAUCUCCCUGUCUGUGCAGAACCAGCAGCUCCGGGCACACAGCCAGCUGGGCUGCACUGAUCAUGCCACGCAGACAGACCCACACUCCUGAGCAAUGAGCUGUGCCAUGCCUGGGGGGGUGAACACUGGAGAUUUUUGGGGGGAAGGGAGAGGGGGUGAUGCCUGUCAGUCAUUCCAGGGAAAAGGUGCAGUUUGAGCAGCCCCUGGGCCAGCCUUUCUUACAGCACCAGGCAGCUGUUCUGGUGUUUUAGCAGGUCUCUGAGCAGCUGGGGAGCUCUUUACCAGCACCUGCUGAAUUGGGGAGUUGUCUGUGUGCAAUGGCAGACUGGCCCUGGGAGGUUAUGGGGGACUGAGCAGGCAAUAUGUGAGCACAUGGCUAGCUCAAUACAGCACCUUCCCCCUACUCCCCCAACAGGGCUGGGAGAGUGCAGAGCUUCAGCAAAUGUAGGUUUAUAAAGCUACAACUCCCAUCAGCUUGUAGGCUCUCAGUGGGAAGAGCACUGUGACCCUGGCCCCAGCUCCCUUCCACAGCAAUGGGACAAAGCGUAACAGGGGCUUGGAGCCCAGUGCAGAACUUGGCAGCUGCUCUCGAUUGCUAGGGAUGAUACCACUGAGGUCCAGCUUCACAUGCCCAGAAAUCACUCACAGCAGUGGAAGCAGCUGCACAAGUCAGCAAGGAACCUGGCCCUGGCUCCAGCCCAAGGGCUGUCAGGAGCUGUUAACACACACAGUGCAAUGCUCAGAGUCCAGCCACAGGCCUGUUCCUCUCAACCUGAGGAAUGUCUCCCUGCAGCAGGGGCCAUAAGAUAAGGCCAAUACGCCCCCAUGGGACCUGGCAUGAGGCAUCUGAGGGAGGAGCUGGCAUGUAGGGCUGUUAAGCCCCCAGCUCCCACAGCCUUUCAUCAGAGCAGGGGCUCCAACACUGCCGCAUACCCAGCCACUCCAGGAAGUGUUCCAAUCAGGAGUUAAGGGACUAGCUGAAGGCUCCCGAAGUAGACCAUUUAGGCCACCACGCUCUAAUAGAGCCUCAACCCCUCCACCCCCAUGUGUGAAAACUAGCCCCAUUACUCUCGCUGAUCCUGACGCAUGUACAGCCUGCCUGGCCUAGGCCCUGAGAGCAGCCAUCCAUCCUGUUCAUUGAAGAUGCUGCAAAAGGUGCACCCACUCCCCUGGAACAGGCCUAGCCUGAGCACCCACCACAGUCCAGCCAGUCCCUGCUGGCCUGGGCCAAGCCUUAGGCAGGAGCCCCUGUUACAGCCUGGGGAAAGGCUGCCAUGUAGACAACAGCUAAGUGGGUUGAAGCCUCAGCCACCCCAGGGCUCUGCCCCCGUCAGGUCCAAGCCACACUACAGCUUUUAACUGCAGUGUAAAUGAAUCCCCCAGCUGUCCAGAGCAAGGGUUCUCUCUGCACCCCUGCAGAAAGGCUGAACAAAGCCCCAAGUGCCUCUUUCCAGGGGGCUGGGGCUGUCAGCAGUGUGCGGAAUUGUGCUCCCAUAGGGCUGGCAAGCACUACUGAAAUACUGUGGGAAAUGAACUGCAUGAGACAACUGGACCAGGAACUCAGGGCAGGUCUCUCAUUCCCUCGGGCUGCUGCCAGUGGAAAUAAACCAAUGAGAUUCUCAAUAAACAGUGUAUUCAAAGGUUCCAAUAGGAUGCUGUGCUCCACUGAGGAAGGGCCCUUCGCUCCAAUCCAGAGAGACACUCACAUUAAA